UUCUUUUUUUUUCUCUUACAGAUGGGAUACCAGCGCAAAAAAGCAAAAAAGAAGGGGAAGCCAAUUGCAGUGCUUGGGGACGUGAUUAAGGAGGAUGAAAAAGAAAAGGAUUCCGGCAUAAGAACCAUCAAAACGCAGUUGCGUGCCAUUCUUCGGCCGGAAUACCGUGACUUGUUGAUUGCAGCCAUCACCGACAGAUCAAUGAUGGCAACGAAAAUUUGUGCACUCGCCUCGCAGUUGUUCCUGUUCCGUUGUGAGCGCGCAUUCGAAGACAAUGACAAAGGAUUUUUUGAACAGAAUGGCGAAAAGGUGAUUCGGUCGUGUUUUUUUGGUGUGCUCAAGAAAAAUAUUUACAAGAAGAAGAAAAUGCCGCCGGAAUUUCGUAAAAUGGUGCAGCAGCUCGACGAUAGCCAUCGAGUGGUUUGGCCCAACGCAGACUAUUUCGGCAACGGAAUGAAUGAUUUAAUAGAUCCGUACGUAACGAACGUAAAAAACAACUUGAAGACGCAUAGCAAGAAACGCCUGCGCGAAUGGCUGCGUGUAAAAGUGUUCGAAUCUUCGUUGGUUGUUCGAUACGAACAGGCCGACAUCGACCGUGUGAUUAGUUUGGCAAUUUAUGGCAAUGACGAUAUCACAAUCAAUGGCAUGGAUGAUGUUGCCAAACGUGAGCGGCGUACGUUGUUGAUUGGAAUGGUCACGAAGAACAGUUGGUGGGACAUACCAGACAACAACAUCGGCCUAUUCACAAAUGGGAAGGACUGGUUCAAGAGCAUCGCAUUCUGGAUUUCCCUCCAGCGGAAAAUUGAUGAUUUCAACACCUGCGAGGAAUAUCGUGAAGAACGCCGAUGCCAACGCGAAGAGUUUGAAGAGCUGAAACGAUGCCGACGUCGAAAUCACCGUCCGUGCACUUGCCAGCAGCCAGUUGAUCGAGGCCAAAAUGGAAAUGAGUACAUUGAGAAAGGGCCGCCGAGAGUGAAAAAUCUGGCAGUGAUUCCCAUUUGCAGUUUCACUCGUACCCACUUCACGUUGGACAUUCGAACAUUGUACUUUUUGUUGCGUCAACUUGGAAUCGUACCACUUAACAUCACAGAGGACGAGUUCAGAAAACAAAAGGAGUAUUAUUGGGACCAAUACUUCGAUAUGCGGAAAAUCUAUCAUCUCGGUCGCAGUAGAAAAAAGUUCCGUUUCCGAAUUCUCUCGAAUGGACAGGCCGUAUCGCUACAAUUCGAUAUUGACAAAACGAAAAUGAGCAACAUGGAACCGGACAAAAAGGCCAUUGUUCAAAACUACAAGAAGUUUGUCAAUGAAGGUGCAACUGAUCCGGGUGUGAAUACGUGGAACGCAACAACGGUACACAACAUCGAAACUGGCAAAGAGACGAACUACACGAUCAGCAGCAAACAGUAUCAUUACUGGACGAAGCAAACGGUUCGAAAUCGACAGGGAAAGCGGUGGACCAAAGACUUUGUCAAGGAAGAGAGGCAGGAUCGUGAAAAUCGUGCGCUCUAUCCGGUGAUGCCAUCGCCAUUGGGUAGGCACUGGCAGAACUACAUUCGGCAUCGACUCAAAAUGACGGAACGUGGCAUUGCCGUGUAUACGACAGACAAAUACACGAGACUCAACUUUGACAAGUAUGUUCGAGCAAACAGUGUGACCGAUAGCAUAGCCGGAAUGUUGACCAACCAUCAGCCAACACUCAUGCAUUUCGGAGCUGCUCAAAUGUCGCCCAGUUCACCCAUCGGCAUCAAAAAGACACUGCGUUGCCCGGGCAAUCGGAAAAUGAUACGAAGCUACAAAAAGUGUCGUGGUUGUAUGGUUAAUAUGGUCGACGAGUAUUACACUUCACAAACAUGCGCCAAGUGCUUUGGCCGUUUUGAUCGACGUACGAAACGACAUCGCUUCAAAGUCUGCCAUGAUUGUCGGCCGAAAUUGGUAGAAGCAAUGCUGCCAUCAAUGAUCGUGUGCAAGGUCAACAAACGAAAGAUGAGGCAAGAGAAGCUGAAACUGUUUUUGCUCGAGAAAGAAGCGGAAGAGGGCAACGGAAAUCCAGCGGUUGGCAAUGAUGUCCCACAUCCAGAUCAACUAAACCCAGAAUUACUCCCAAAAGUGGCAAUCUACCACAAAACAUGGCAUGUAAAUGAGUCUAGUAAAAUCGUGGAAUACGUGAAAUUCAAUUCAGCCGGUGAGAUGGAAGUUGUCGAGCCACGAGUACACAAGACGACAUGGCAUCGCGACAUAGCCGCUGCAAAAUGUAUCCUGAUCAAAGGACACUGUGACUUGUUUGGGGACGAGUUACCCGAAACAUUGCAGAGGCCAUCCAACCAGCGAGCUGCUGUCAACAACUAACCAGCAUCAUGUAUUUCACGCCAUUCACAAUGAAUAAUUUAAAAAUUAAAAUAUAACAUUAUGUUAUUUCCGCUAUGCCUGAUUGUUGUGGUAUAGUAGGCGUACAUACUUAACUAAGGAGGCCAGAAGUACCCAUGUAUGUAAGUAAAUGAUUUGUUUUCCAAUUGAAAUAAGAGUAUUGAAUGUAUUGAUGCUAAUUUUAUGCAAUUUUUUCUCCAUUCAUUCCAUGCACAAUUGGAUCACUAUGACGGUUACUUCUACGGUUAAAUCUAUCCCCGUAUUCAACCUUGGAAAUGUGCCUGGAAUCGGAUGUAUUUGGGUUGAUAAUUGUUAGAUGG